AUAAAACAUGGCAGGACUGUGCAGUUUUACCCCGUUUUUACUCCGGUGCUUUGCAGCCUUGUUGCUGGCCUCUCAGGCCAGCCUAAAUAGAGCUGUCCCUCAGAGUCAAAGAGCCGCUGGAGUCCUCAUGCUCCUUGAAGGAGGACGGUACACCUUCAACUUCUCCGCUGCCAGCGCCGCCUGUCUAUAUCUGAACGUCACCAUGGCGACCAGGGCCCAGAUGGAGCGAGCGUUGAAUAACGGGCUGGAGACAUGCAAAUUUGGCUGGAUAGCUGAACGGAUUGCGGUCGUCCCACGACUUAAACCCGACAGCAACUGUGGAAAGGGCAAAACUGGGGUGGUGGAGUGGGCCGCACAGGCAGAUAGAAAGUUUGGUGCCUUCUGCUUCAAUGCGUCAGAUUUGGAGCAAUCUCAGAAAACAACAACAGCUGCUCCACAAUCCUCCACAUCCUCCACCUCACUGAUGGCUCUGACCCGAGCCUCGACACCUGCCACACCCACGGUCGGGUCGACACCCGCUCCUCCGCCUUCAACAGAGAAGCUAAAAACUACAAAACCUACUGAGCAGUCACACUCAACGGCAGCCUUUACUCUCCCGGUCAAAACAGCAAGUUCGGCGAGGAUUUCCCCAUCUGCCUCACCCUCUAUAAAACCUUUCUCCACCCAUAUCCCUUCUUCUCUUCCUCACAUUAUCACCUCAAAAGCCACUUCCGUCAGCUUUGCCUUUUUUACUUCUGUUCAGGUCUUCAAUUUCUCUGGUUCCUCAGGGUCAGUGCCGCCACAGCCUCAGAACUCUGCAAAGCGUCCUCUAGGAGACGUAUAUACAGCACUCAUCAUUCUUGGCAUCAUUGUGGUGCUCCUGGCAGCAGCAGGUGCCGUGUGGUACUACAAACUAAAUAUGUUUCGGUCUUGGCCUAAGAGGCAGCUCAUGGACGACAUACAGACAGAGAUGUGGAUGCACACUGACUGCGAGGAUAGUCAGCAUGGAGCGGAGGAGGAAGAAGACGAUGAAAACGAAUCAUACAGGAAGUACUCCAGUGAAAUCACACUCUGUGUCAAUCCAAACAUAAACGCAAACUCUGUGUGACUGUUCAGUGUAUAUAUAUACAUAUAUAAUUUAUAGAUUGAAUGAACUUCAAUACAUCAGUGUUUUCAUUUAUUGUAGAUUAGAGGAUUGUUUAUCGUAUAAAUGCUUUCAUUGUUUUUUUUCUUCUCAUAAACAUAUAUAAAUUUGGUCAAUUGCAUUUGUUGUCAUAUUAUAGAAUGAAUUUGGACCCCAUGCUGAUGUAACUGUGUGAUGGAGAUACGCUCAGGUGCCAGUUCAUUACGCACUCUAAUGAGAGCAAAUACCUUCCAGUAUAACAGUCCUGCAUUAAAUCCUCCUUCAUGGCUUGUUCACUUUGUAAUAAAAAGACAUCAGAAAGAUGGUAAUACAACCGGAUGAUCAUUUUGAUGGAUGUAGUUUGUGGUGCUGUUAAACAGGAUUGAAUUAAAAUGGGGUUGUCAAAAUAAUAGAAACAGGUGUACAAUACCCACAAUAUAGUUCAAUACAAUAGUGCAACAAACCACAGCCUCCACGAUGAAAACACAGUUAAAUCAUCAACUCUCUCUGUUAUAUCAGGAUGCAUUUCUCACUAAUGUACCUAAUGAACUGGAAAGUGAGUGUAAAUCUAAACAUCUUUAGUAAGACUUGCUCGGCAGCAUACUUCUCAUAGCCCUUUACUCUGUCUGUUCAGAUAUCGAUAUUAAAAAGGCACAACCAUCCAGUGUGUUUUUCCCUUUGCAUUUAUGUGCAGGAGCAUAUUGUUUUGUCACAAAACCAGACCAGCAAUUAUAAAUAAAAUGACUUAAUUGUAUUUAUUGUAAGUGUUUCA